AUGGGUUCGCAGGAGCCGGUGCCUCCGUACUCGCUUACGCCGCUGCUGUUUCCGACGCUUCCCAUAAAAGAUCUCACAGACCACACAAAUCCAGCAUCGCCCGCUGCACUCCAGCAGAACUCGCAGCGAGCGAUUCGUUGCUCAGAAUCGGACGGUUCCUUUCUCUAUAUCGGUGCCUCUGAUGGUCUGGUUCACUCUUAUCGAAUCCAGCUUCGCACUUCACCCCGUGCCAGCUCAUCAAAGGCAUCUUUGUCAACAACGGUGAGCUAUAGCCUCGAGUUCAGCCGGUCGAUAUCAAAUCAUGCCAAGCCGAUCGAGAAAAUUGUGCUGCUACGACCAUUCAAUGCUGCAGCGGUGCUCUGCGAAGGCGUCGUUAGCUUUUUCUUGCUUCCCGACUGGUCUCCCGUUCGCAGUCUUCCAUCUAACAGAGCCGUCAGCACCGUGAUUCUGGAUGAUGAGGAGGUACAGCAUGGAGCAGGUACGGACGCUGCUGGUAUGAUCAGCAUCUGUCUUGUACGAAGGAAGAACAUCAUCUUGGCCAAGAUCGGUGCUGACGGCCGCUCCGACUUGCUUUGGGCGACGGUAAAGGACAUCCCUCUGCCUGGAGGGGCUAUAUUUGCUCGGCGCUUCGCUGAUACCCUCUGCAUUGCCAACGCCACCGAGUAUAGUCUGGUCAAUCUGUCUUCUGGUCACGUCACGCCUCUGCAGCUUCCCAUCAGUCAGACUGGCGAAUCGCCGUCGGCACAGGUGAGGCCCAGCAUUGUCGCCGUUCCCAUUCAACCCGCAACAACAAAGGACGUCACCGUCUCACAAGCUUCUUCAUCAGCGUCCGAUGCCAAGUGCGAGUUUCUCGUCACGUCACACACAGGCUCCAUCACGUUGGGCGUCUUCGUCAUGCCUUCCGGGGAGCCAGCACCAAAGCUGCUAGAGUGGCCCUCUCAUCCUCGUUCAGUCACUUUUGACGGUAAAAAUCUCGUCUCGCUGCUUCGCAAUGACACUGUUGAGGUCCACACCCUUGGUCACGAUUCGGUCGAUAGGGUUCAGGUGCUGCAACUGCCACCUGGCAUGGACCCUCGAUUCCUGCAAUCCGUCCCAGAGCUAAUGUCUGCAUCACAGCCGAACGGCUCGCACAGGCCCAGAACAGCUGCCGAGCCUCAUGAUGACCUUGACAUUGUCAAAGUAUCGCUCAACCGACUGUCCAGUGCAGAGACGCCAGUGCUGCGCAGCGCUUCAGAGCACAAGGUCUCACCUUCAUCGAAGCGUCAGGUUCUUCUUUGCGGCAAGAAUUCGACGUCUUCGAUACAACAAGAUCCUAUGCUCAGCUGGACAACUGAACAGCUGCAUCGAGGUCGAUUGCGUAGUUUACGGAACAGCUUGGCUUUUUCUAGAUCCACUAGCAAUCCUGUUCAAGAGCGCGACGAGGCCUGGUAUGCUUCGCUCGAGUCAUCAACCGCACACGCGUUGCUAGGCAUCGAGCUAUUGCAUCGGACAGACUUUGGCGCAGCGGGCGAGGUAUUGCGACAUGCCAAGUUGGACCCGCGCAUUUUUCUCGCGCUAUUUCCUUCCCUGCAACAAGUAAAGCACACGGCAGAGGAAGCCAUCAUGCCACACAUUGUGCUCUCUAGCCUGGCAAAGCUCAAAAGCAGCGCCUCGGAUCGGUUACAAAGCAUAGAAGGACUGGUAGCUUCGAAUCUCACGCUAAAUUACUGCCCACCCUUGGAUGUCACGACAGACAAGGCGCUCAUCCAACUCGAAAAGCAGCUUCUACGAGCUGCUGAAAAGAUGUUGCGCGCAUUGUUAAAGGCAUGGCGGACUGAUUGUGCCGCUGCUGUCGCCAGCCAGGAUACCACCAGAGCGCCUGUCUGGGCCGGAACCUUCAUGGACGAGCUGAUGUUGAACAACGUCAAUGCAUGCGUGGAUGUCGCAUACCUGACGCUGAUCGCUGAGGAACGCGGAGUAUCGGAGCAGGACGGUGCGGCGGUACAGGACGAGAUGACAGCCUUUUUGUCGUCCAAGCAUGCCUGUGAGCCAUCGCAGGUGGAAACGGUACUCAAGGAGAAGCGUUUCUUUCAUCUACUCGCGCAUCAUUACGAGCAGGCAGGGGAUGUCGAGCGGGCGCUCAAGACUUGGACUGCGCUGAUGGAUGGUGAAAUCGUCGACAGCUUCCAGACCACAGUCGAUGGCGCAGCAGCGCUGUCGAAAGUAGCGGGUCUGCUCAAGAAGCAAACCGAUGCCAAUUUGCUUUCCACGUACGGACGCUGGCUCGUGCGAAAGGACCCGGAAGCCGGUAUUGACAUUCUUACAAGACAGACAGCAAAGGCUGGCGAAGAGCCUAUGCAAAAGUCGAAGGCGCGGAGCAAAGCACAAGAAUUGGAAUCGAUCCAAGCACAGAAAGCGAUCAUCGAGGAGCUACGGGAAAUCGAUGCCGACGCGGCCACCAAGUAUCUCGAGGCAGUGGCGCUAUCGACGAACAAGGUGCAGGACGAACAGAUGCAUCGCGAGCUAGCUGCAGCGUUGCUUGAACGCGUUGCAAAGCAUCUGAGGAAUGACGAUUAUCGCCGAAAGAUGGAUGGAGUGGCGCGAGACUACGCACAGGGGUCGUACGCCGAGUCCUUCUUUGCACAUCUUGCGUUGGCAAGCGAAAGCUCGCCUAGAGAAAUGGAUCGACUCAAGUUGGCGAUGCUUCUGCAGGGCUCUAUGGUGCUCGACUACCAGUCGCUGCUGACGGCAAUCGCGCCGCUCGAGUCGCUAGUAUAUGAGAAGGCCAUCAUCCUGGGGAAGCUGGGUCGCGAUUCAGAUGCGCUCUCGUUGCUCGCCGUCAAGCUCAGGGACGCCAACAGUGCGGAAGCCUAUUGUUCACAGGAUGGCGAGGUGCUGUCACCGAUGCUGGCCGCCUCGAUCGCCAAAGACCAUGCAGCUCUGCAGCCUUUCGCGAGCAUGCUGCGCGUUUCCUAUGGACAGCGCGUCAAAGCACACGCUAAGGCAACAGCACAGCGCGAGCUAUCGGCCGAGCAGCGCAAGCAGGAGCUGCUGAAGCAACUGCUUUCGGUCUACAUGGUGAACGGCGCCGAAGAAAAGUUUCGGAUUGCGACAGCACACUUGCUGAAUACGCAGGCACUACACCUGGAUAAUCGCGAGGUGCUUGAGCUAGUACCCACAGACUGGUCUCUGCAGACGCUCGAGACAUUCUUAACGCAGAGCCUUGGCAGACAGCUGCAUCGACGCCGCGAGAUGCAGAUGCUUGGCAACAUUGCAAAGUGUCGAAGCCUGGAUGUGGCCGAAGAUCUGUGGUCCCGGCAACGUGCGAUGGGAGGAAUACUACAGGACACAGAGCUCGAUGGAGGCGAUGAUGGCAGUCGAGAUGCUCUAGAAGCUCAAGAUCACGAAGCAAGCUACAUGGAUGGGAAGGAGGAGGGCGGUAAAGGUGAUGCUGCUUUCGACGCAACUUAUGAAAAGCAGCAGCAAGGACCGAAUGGAGUUAGUGUGGGGAAAGAAACAAGGAUCGACAGCUUACAUACAGGCCACGAGAAGCCGCGAUGGUCUGCCAUUGUGCAUCCUGGGACGGACGGUGGUUACGACUUGACCUAG